AUGCUAAUACGUCAAGGUGUUAGGGAAAUAUGCGGGCAACUAGCUGAUACCCCCAUUCCAGUAUUCUAUAGCGGCCGCAAAGUCCGCGGUUUGGGUAUGCUACGAACUUUUUGGGAAGCAUCCUUACAGCACCUGGCAAUUUCACAGAAGUUAUCGAGAAUAAAUGACCGACAUCUAAAGGCAGUCCGUGAUCUCCCAGAUGAAAUAGCCAAGUGUCGUCUCCGUUUGGGUAACGUAAUAGGUCAAAAUGCUCAGGCUAUCCGCUCAGAGUUGCGGACGAGUGAAUUUAACAAAUGGAAACAACUAUAA